AUGGGUCAACCUAGGUCGCACACGUUUUUGCUAACGGUAUUGCUUAAGGUGAAGGACGUAUGGGGAAGGACCCACCAAGCAAGGGCUCUUCUGGAUUCUGGAUCACAGGUCAACUUGAUGUCUGAAAAUCUGUGUAAAUUACUUCAGUUAUCACGGCGGGACAAGAAGGUGGAAAUUACUGGAAUUGGACGAUCUCGGAGCCGUACAGCAUAUGAAGUUUCCACCACGGUUGAGUCUCGAGUGCAGAAUUUCUCAACGUCAAUGGAUUUCUUGGUUUUGGGGCAGGUCACUAGCGACCAGCCAUCUGUUUCGAUACCGCUAGCUCAUUUAGAACUUCCCCCUGACAUGGUCUUGGCCGAUCCCAGUUUCAAUGUUUCUGGACCGAUUGAUUUAAUCUUGGGUGCGCAGCAAUUUUACGAGUUUCAUGUACGCGAUGGUGGCCGGCUGCAAGUGCGAAAUUUCGACAAUACGCUACCAGUAUUUGUCAAUACGGUGUUCGGAUGGGUGGUGGCCGGCGAAGCUAAAUGCAUGAAGGAAUCAACACUGGUUAGCUGUCACAUCACGAAGCUAGACUCUCUUGAAAAGGCGAUCGAAAAGUUUUGGAUAGUCGAAGAACUACCGGUUAAAACCCCCCGCUCUCAGGAAGAAGAGGACUGCGAAACACAUUUCGUGAACACGUUCACACGAGACGAAACUGGCAGAUAUAUUGUGCGCUACCCUAAGCAGAUGAAUUUUGCAAAAAUGAUCGGUGAAUCGAAACGAAUGGCUUUAAGACGGUUUUUACAAACUGAAACACGGCUGGCAAAGGAUUCAAAUCUACGCUCGCAGUACGGGGACUUUAUGAAGGAGUACAUCGAGUUAGGUCAUAUGAAAUGCAUCGGCGGCGUGGACGACCUUAGUCUCGACGAAGGUAAAACGGUCUGCUAUCUUCCACAUCACCCAGUUUUUAAAGAGUCGAGUACUACAACUAAAGUACGGGUGGUAUACAAUGGGUCUGCUAAAACUUCAACUAAUUUCUCUCUUAAUGACGCUCUACUAACUGGUCCCACGAUUCAAGACGACCUGCUCAGUUUGAUGCUCCGCUUCCGAAAACAUGCUAUAGUUUUGGUCGCUGAUGUUGCGAAAAUGUAUAGGCAGAUUCAGGAUCACUCAGACGACACUUCGCUUCAACGCAUUCUCUGGCGCUUCAAUCCUUCGGAUCCAAUUCAGGUGUACGAGCUGCAAACUGUCACCUACGGUUUGGCCCCAUCGUCGUUUCUCGCCACUCGUGUCUUGAAGCAAUUGGCUAUAGACGGCAGUCAAAAGUACAAACUUGGAGCAAAGGCCGUAGAUGAAGACUUCUAUAUGGACGAUUUUCUCUCGGGGGCGGACACGAUCAAAGAAGCGAUUCAGCUUCAAAAGGAAGUUCAAGCCCUAUUGGCGGAAGGAGGUCUCGAUCUACGGAAAUGGUGUUCGAAAUUCCCACAAGUGCUAGAAAAUUUGCCCACUGAAGCACUGGGAGGAGAAACCACCCUGCACUUUGAUCCCGAACAGAAAAUUAAAACGCUUGGAGUAGGGUGGACAACAGAAUCUGAUCAGCUUUGCAUCGAAGUACAGCAAAUUACUAACGACGGUUGUUGGACGAAACGGAACAUAUUCUCGGCGAUUGCGAAACUAUACGACCCGCUUGGAUUGGUGUCUCCUGUCGUGGCAUGGGCGAAAAUCAAAAUGCAGCAUCUCUGGCUCUCCACUGUUGACUGGGACGAUCCCGUUCCGAUGGAUAUUGCGACCAAAUGGGAAGAAUUCUCAACGCAAAUGUCUUAUUUGGAAGGCUACAAGAUUCCUCGGUUCGUUUUUCUGGUCGGUGCAAUCUCUACCCAGUUUCACGUUUUUGCGGAUGCGUCCGAAGUUGGGUAUGGUGCCUGCAUUUACGCUCGUUCGACUGGCAAGGAUGGGCAAAUCAAAAUUGAGCUCGUCGCGGCGAAAUCACGAGUUGCUCCACUCAAACGGCUUAGUCUGCCGCGGCUUGAGCUUUGUGCUGCACGUCUGGGGGCGAGACUCUACGCCAAGGUUUCAGCAGCGCUGCGGUUGGAGGGGAUUCCUUGCUGGUUCUGGUCGGACUCAACUGUCACUCUUCAUUGGAUUCAGGCACCACCUAACACUUGGCAAACGUUUAUCGGAAAUCGUACAGCUGAAAUUCAGCAACUUACCCACGGCUACAGCUGGAAUCACGUCAAAGGAACCGACAAUCCGGCAGACCAUAUUUCUAGAGGAAUGCUUCCUCAGCAAUUUGUCAUCAACAGCAUCUGGCGCUGUGGCCCACCCUGGCUUUCAAAAGGAGAAGAAAACUGGCCUAAACACCCCACUGGAACUCCGCCAGAAGACAUACUAGAAGGACGAAAAACUGUACUAGUGAUACGCCAGCCACUGGAACAUUGUUUCCUUUUCCACCGAUACUCAUCCUUCUGGCGCUUGGUUCGAAUUACCGCUUUGAUUCUUCGCUUUGCCAACCAUUGUCGUCGCAAAUUUAAUCACUAUCCUCACCUAUUCGCUGUAGUAGAGUUAGAACACGCAAAGGAUGCGCUAACGAAAGUUGCACAGCAGAAAAUGUUCACUGAGGAGCUGAAGGAACUGGCACAAUCCCGACCGGUUUCCAACAAAUCAUCGUUGAAAUUACUUGGUCCUUUUCUCGACGAAAAAGGCAUUAUUCGUAUCGGCGGCAGACUUGAGCGCUCCGCUGAAAACUACCAAACCAAGCACCCAGCGAUUUUACCUAAGAUCCACCCACUCACACGCCUCAUCACGAAACACUAUCACGCACUAUGCUUACACUCUGGUCCUCGCAUGACGCUAGCUACGAUGAGGCAAGAAUUUUGGCCAAUCAACGGAAAAGUUACCGCUAAUCUUGUGUGUACAGUCGGAGUGGACUACUGCGGCCCUGUCUACAUCAAACCACAACACCGAAGAGUGGCACCACGAAAAGCAUACAUAGCCGUGUUUGUUUGCUUUGCCUCAAAGGCUGUACACCUCGAGCUCGUCAGCGAUUUGUCCACAGAUGCUUUCAUCGCUGCCCUACAUCGUUUUAUCGCCCACCAUGGUAUGCCGUCUGAAAUUCACUCGGACAACGGGACAAAUUUUCAAGGAGCGAACAACACUCUGCUCGAACUGUACCGCCUCUUCGACAACAAACGCACCCGGGAAGCUAUAACUAACGAAUGCAGCCAGCACCGAAUCCAGUGGCACUUCAUCCCACCACGGGCACCUUCUUUCGGCGGCCUAUGGGAGGCUGCAGUGAAAACCGCGAAAACAUCACUGGUAAAAAUUCUUGGCAGUACCCAGCUCUCCUUUGAGGAUUACGCGACCUUGCUUUCCCAGAUUGAAGCCAACAUGAAUAGCCGUCCACUGACAUCGCUAUCGAACGAUCCUUCGGAGCUAGACGUUCUCACUCCCGGUCAUUUCAUCAUCGGAUCGCCACUUAUCAGCCUACCGGAGCCGAAUUACACAAACAUCCCCACCAAUCGGCUUGAUCACUACCAGCAGCUGCAAAAACUCAUCCAACAACAUUGGGACCGGUGGAGGAAAGAAUACCUCACAGAACUCAACCAUCAGCGAGAGAAGGCUACAUUUUCAACCCACAUCCAGGUCGGACAGAUUGUUUUGGUCAAGGAGGACGGAAAACCUUCCAUCUCUUGGCCUCUCGCACGGAUAGAAGAAAUUCAUCCCGGAGCCGACGGAGUGGUACGAGUUGCCACUUUGCGAACAGCUACUUCGACCUACAAACGCCCUAUUUCGCGGAUUUUUCCACUCCCCGACAACCAGCAACCAACAGCCGAACCAGAUGAUCCUCCAGAAACCGAAGAAGCUGAAAAAGGUACAACACAAAAAAGAGAAGAUUAA